GUGGCGGUAAUGCAUGAUAACGAUAGAAGAAGAAGAAGAAGAAGAAGAAGAAGAACAACAACAAGAACUGCCUGCUUAAAUCAAGCACCGGAGUUCUAAUCACUUCAACAUGCUGAUAAACUCAGAACAGGAGGCACUGAUUGGGCGGGUGUUUGAAACCUAUCUGACAGAACAUCAUCAUGGUGACAUUCUUGAGCUUAUUGCAGAUGCUAAUGAAGAGACCCAUCACCCUGUUGUUGUCAAUGCAAUGACAUUGUUUGAAAGCAAUAUGGAGGUUGGGGACUAUUUCAACGCCUAUCCGAACGAUGUCCUGGCUAUAUUUGAUAAAGUGUUACAAAGAAAAGCCAUGGACUUGUCACAGAAUGCUUCUCCCAAGCACUACGAAGGACAAAGAACAAAGGAGCACCGAAUGAGAAACAAACUUCAUGCUCGCAUUACAGGUUUACCAGUUUGUCCAGAACUAACCAGAGAGACCAUUCCCAGGUCAAGAGACGUAGGGCAUUUUUUGUCUGUCACUGGUACUAUCAUACGUACCAGUGUUGCAAAGGUUCUGGAAUACGAGCGUGAUUACAUGUGCGACAAGUGUCGUCAUGUUUUCUCGAUGCAGGCUGAUUUUGACCAGUUCUAUGCCUCUGUCCCACCUGUGAACUGCCCUAAUCCUGAUGGCUGUAAUUCAUACAAGUUCAGCUGUCUGUCAGGAGGAUCUGAGCCUUCAGCCUGCAAGGACUAUCAGGAGAUCAAGAUACAAGAACAAGUGCAGAGGCUGUCAGUGGGCAGUAUUCCUCGUUCUAUGGUGGUGGUUCUUGAGGAUGACCUGGUCGACAGUUGUAAAUCUGGAGAUGACGUGACCGUCUAUGGGGUAAUGUGCCAGCGCUGGAAGCCCUUUUAUGAGGGCACUCGCAGUGAUGUGGAGAUGGUCCUCAAAGCUAACAAUAUAGAAGUAAACAACAACCAGACUGCUGCUGCACUGCUCAUGAAGGAUGUUCAGCAAGAAUUUGCUGUUUUCUGGGAUAAUUACAAACAUGAUCCCAUAGCUGGUAGAAACCAGAUCUUGUUGAGCCUGUGCCCACAGGUAUUUGGCAUGUAUGUGAUUAAACUGGCAGUGGCCAUGGUGUUGGCUGGCGGAGUGCAGAGGAUAGAUUCUUCUGGGACCAAGAUCAGGGGUGAGUGUCAUAUGCUGCUGGUUGGUGACCCAGGCACAGGGAAGUCUCAAUUCUUGAAGUAUGCUGCUAAGAUCAUGCCUCGUUCUGUACUCACAGCUGGCAUUGGCUCAACAAGUGCAGGACUGACUGUUGCAGCAGUGAAAGAUGGAGGGGAUUGGCACCUGGAGGCAGGAGCUCUGGUCCUGUCAGAUGGUGGUUUGUGCUGCAUCGAUGAAUUCAACAGCAUCAAGGAACAUGACCGCAUCAGCAUUCAUGAAGCUAUGGAGCAACAAUCUAUAAGUGUGGCCAAAGCUGGUAUGGUUUGUAAGCUGAACACUCGCUGCACCAUCCUGGCAGCUACCAACCCUAAAGGCCAGUACAAUCCCAAUGAGCCACUGUCUGUGAAUGUAGUUCUGGCCAGUCCUCUGCUGAGUCGUUUUGACCUGGUCCUUGUUCUGCUGGACACCAGAAAUGCAGAGUGGGACCACAUCAUCUCCUCUUUUAUUCUGGAGGACAGAGGACUAGCUGCUGAGUCUUCCAGCCUGUGGCCCAUGGACAAAAUGAAGGCUUACUUCUGUGCGAUUAAACGCCUGCAGCCACAGGUGUCUGACGAGGCCAACAGCAUCCUGACACGUUAUUACCAGCUGCAGAGACAAAGUGAUGGCCGCAAUGCUGCUCGCACCACCAUCCGCAUGCUGGAGAGUCUAAGCCGACUGGCUGAAGCACAUGCCAGGCUUAUGUACAGAGAGACAGUGACCAUAGAGGAUGCUGUCAUGGCUGUCUCUGUCAUGGAGUGCUCAAUGCAGGGCGGUGCUCUGCUAGGUAAUGUAAAUGCACUACUGACCUCAUUCCCUGAGGACCCUGGUCAGCAGUAUGAAGCUCAGUCUCAGGUACUACUGGAAGGGCUGAACCUGCCACUGCUCCUUCAGAAGGAGAUGGAUAGACUGGCCAGGCUAAAAAGCUACACCUCAGAUGCCUCCCAGUUUGAUUCACAUACUGCUCAUUACCAGCAUCACCCCGGGGACACAAACACCCACAACCAAACACACGUCCAUGGCAUGACCAGUGUCUACAAGGGGGAUGCCACGGUGGAGAGUGGCUUGGACUGGUUCCACUCCAUCACUUCAUCAGGGUCACCAGAUGAUCUGACCCCAACAUUAACAUCAACUCAAGAAAACCUGAACAGAAAACCAAACUCAAUUGGGGUAAAAACAACUACUGCAAUUAAACAACCAACCUGUCAAACUGAGGAGGACUUUCAAAAAAACAUAGGCUCAACAUUGACCCAUGAAGGAACUGUUACCACUGCAUCCAAAGAAGAAAACAAAAAAACGGAGAAAAAUGAAUACAUCAAAGAAAAAAGCUCCAUUUGCCAAGAGGUACAUCAGCCUGAAAGACAGAAAGAUGACCAACAUUCAAAGUCAUUGGGGUGUGUGUUUCAGAGGGUCUCCAAGAAUCUGAGAGACAGAAGACUCGGAGAGCAGGAGUCAAAUAAUCUGCAGUGUAACAAAGUGGAAGGACAGGGACAUGGAGACAGUGUGGUGUUCUCAGACGGUAGAGGUAAAAAUGUGAGUCAUGUUUUAAAUGCGACUUCAGAUUCCCACAGAAGCAGCAUAAUGUCAUCAGGUAAAAACCUGCCUUCUAAUUACCUAAUGCACAAGAAUCAGUCCUGUGGCAAACGAAGGAGAUUUGAGAAAGAAGACAAAAUAAAUCAGACUGAGACUAAGAACAUCUUCACUGCUCAAAGGGAAAAGAUUUCAUCUGAAGCUGACACAACUAAAGAAUUGUUAGAUUUUACAUUACAUCACAACAACACUGCCAGCUCAAAUGUCAGUGCAGAGUUUCAAACUGAAUAUAACUUGGGCAGCAGAGAUCUCCAUGACUACACAGGCAGCAGAAUAGGUAAACAGAAAUUAGUUAGGCAUGAUGAGUUAGCCAGACCACCUACAGACACAGAGAAGAAUGAAAGAAAGAAAAAACUGAAUCAGUUCCAAAGUCUUGUGCAAGGUAGGUGCAGUAGAAAAAGUGAGGUGGCUGAGUGUUAGUCAGAAGAUAGUACUUGUUUCACAUCAGUCGAGCUGGAUAGGAAUGUUUUUUCUUUGGGAAAGGAAAAAUCUGCCCAAGGCAAAAGGGUUGGUAGAAUAAAGAAGAGGAAUGAUUCAGAAAAACUGUGUCAGCAACAAAGAACCAGAGACAACAAUA